GCGUCCCAGACAUGCGCUAAUAAUCGAGGUUUGACAAUAACAAUGAAGAUGUCCGGGCUGACUCGAACCGUUCUUCGAACCAAUGGCGGGUUUUCUGCGGGCACGCGAGGUUUUAAGCGUUCAUCACCACUAACAGGAAAAGGUGAAUUUAAGAACGUUAACAAUGAGCAUGUUCAAGAAGACAUGUCGUGGAACGCAAUCACAGAUCGUGCCGCCACUCAGUUCUUUUUUAGCGAAAUCAUACGUGGCUUGGGUGUCACCAUUGGCAGUAUCUUCAAAGAGCCCGCAACUAUCAAUUACCCGUUUGAAAAGGGUCCGUUGUCGCCGCGUUUUCGUGGUGAACAUGCACUUCGACGCUACCCAAGCGGCGAGGAGCGUUGUAUCGCUUGCAAGCUGUGUGAAGCCAUCUGUCCAGCACAAGCAAUCACUAUUGAGGCGGAAGAGCGUGCUGAUGGAAGUCGACGCACAACGAGGUACGACAUCGAUAUGACCAAGUGCAUUUAUUGCGGUUUCUGUCAAGAGGCAUGCCCAGUUGACGCUAUUGUUGAAGGGCCCAAUUUCGAAUACUCAACUGAGACGCAUGAAGAGCUCCUGUACAACAAAGAGAAACUCCUUAGCAACGGCGAUAAGUGGGAGCCCGAGAUUCAGGCGAACAUCCAGGCCGAUUAUUUGUACCGCUAGGACAAACAUCUUAGUCAAUAACAAUUUUUAGAUGGUUAUAUGAUAAUGAGAACCAUGAGCCUAAACUUUAAUUGUGGCGCAAUCAAAUAGAGAGCUACCCGAAAAACCGCUCGGCGCUGCGUACAUUGUCAAUGAUAGAAAGUUAAAGAAUAUCUGAAACUAAUGAAAUCGGAAAACAAAAACCUGGGUUGCUGAAUUCAGCGUCAAAAAUGUAUUUAACUGUCAUGAACAGUCUUUAUCUAGGAAAAACCGAUGAUACAUUGCUCCGUGUCAUGACAUUUCAAUACGUAAUAGCCGGUUUUGCCACAGCGCAAGCGCUGUAAUGCACUCUCUUGCGUUCCGAUUCUCAAUGCGUGUUGUGUUAUUGAAAAUUUAUGGCCCUUACACUGGCAUUUAGUCUCGAGCACCACCUAGGAUCCUUCUGAAAUCAAUAGAUUAGAAUGACUUAUGCCGCGUGACGUUUUGUAGGGAAAUCCUGCUUUGGGAAACCGGGGCGUCAUUAAUCGAAUAAGCAAGCUUUAUUGAGGAACGAAUUUAAUCGAGACCAGAUGAUAACUAGUGAAUCUAUCUUUCAAUAUCUCUUGCAGAAAAUCCACAUUAUCUGUUGUUUAGUGAUAUUAUAUAAUAAACAACAAAGAAUACAAACCCAAGUUAA